AUGGCACCUCACGCAGACUCCCCAGUCGAUGAUGGUGAAUCUCUUCCCGCUCCUCCACGUCCUGCCAUGUCAGCAAAUCCCCCACGACUCCUCAUCAUCGGGGCAGGCUCACGAGGCAAUGCAUAUGCCAGAGCUACCGCAGAAUCAACGAACGGCAUAAUUGUAGCUGUGGCAGAACCUGUUGCAUACAAGCGAAAGCAACUUGGGGAGAAAUACAUCUGGGGCAAGGCAGGGCCAACGGAUGGACAAGGGUUCGAAGAUUGGAGGGCAUUUCUGAAAUGGGAAUUGGAGAGGCGGGCGAAGGCCAGCAGAGGAGAAGAGGUACCGGCAGGGGUGGAUGGAGCAUUCAUCUGCGUAUUGGAUGAGCAGCACAAGGAGGUCGUUGUUGGAUUGGCUCCCCUCGGCCUGCAUAUUAUGUGCGAGAAGCCUUUGGCCACCACCUUGGACGACUGUGUCUCGAUAUACAAGUCUCUCCUCCCGAACCUUCCAAAUACCACCCCGUCCAGAAUCUUCUCAAUAGGGCACGUCCUGAGAUACAGCCCACAUAACAUGCUGCUACGGAAACUACUAUUGGAAGACAAAAUCAUUGGAGAGAUUCUGUCAAUCAAUCAUACGGAACCUGUUGGGUGGUGGCACUUCACACACAGCUACGUUAGAGGCAAUUGGCGAAGAGAAUCUACCACAGCCCCAUCACUCCUAACCAAGUCCUGUCACGACAUUGACGUUCUCCUCUGGUUACUUUGCUCCCCACCUCCAAAUAGCACCCGCCCAGCCCAUAUACCCACAACCGUAACUUCUGUUGGAUCUCUUCAGUAUUUCAACAAGACUCGAAAGCCAACGGCUGCUGGAAAUGCAACCAAUUGUCUUUCUUGCCCAAUCGAAACGUAUUGCAAAUAUUCUGCAAAGAAGAUUUACCUGGGAUCUGAACUCAAGGGCCUUGGAUCCGGCAACACUCAUUGGCCGGUUCACAUUGUGGUUCCUGAGAUUGAAGAAUGCAUAUCCAUGGGCGGUCCUUCCGCAGGCGAAGCCGCCAUCAUGAAGAGGCUCGAGGAAAACUACACUCAGGAUACUCCCGGUUCAGAAAUCGCAGCCAAGAACUGGUUCGGCCGCUGUGUUUACGAAGCAGAUAAUGAUGUUUGCGAUGAGCAAGUGGUGACUAUGAGCUGGGACAAUGACCCUCUUCCCAAGGUUAAUGACGACAACGAGAAAGCUCUCGCUGGACGUGGUGCCAAAACCGCCGUCUUCCACAUGGUCGCUCACACAAAGAAGAUCUGUGACAGAUACACCAACAUAUACGGAUCUGAUGGAGAGAUCUAUGCGGAUAGCACGACUAUCACUGUGGAAGAUUUCAAUACUGGGACGAAGAAAAUAUACAGGCCGUUCAUUGCCAAGGGCGGUCAUGGUGGCGGUGACGAUGGACUGGCUAGGCAGUUCAUUCUUGCUGUCGAUGCUGUCAAGAAUCAUGGGUCCACUGUAGAGGAGGCCCAACGAGUGCAUGUUGGUUGCAGCUUGGAAGAAGUCAUCAGAAGCCAUGCCAUGGUCUUCGCUGCAGAGCAGGCGAGACUUGGCAAGAAGGUGUUGGACUUCCCCGAGUGGUGGGCUGAGAACGUCGAAGCAAGUCUAGCAAAGUUUUGA